AUGAACAUAAUUUGCAGUAAGUCACGAAUUCUCCCGAGGAAGAAGAACAAGCAAAAGGAGAUUACAACACCAAGGGCCGAGUUGUUAGCAGCAAUGUUACUCUCUCAGCUCACCGUGAAGGUGCUAGCAGCAAUCGAUUCCGACUUUAGCUCUGUUCGAUUGUGGUCGGACUCACAGAUAGUCCUCUGUUGGUUGCAGAAAUCUCCGGAAGCACUCACCGUAUUCGUUAGCAACCGAGUUCGACAAAUCCAACAAUUGACUGUUGAUCGCACUUGGCAAUACAUCCCUUCGAAAGAGAAUCCUGCGGAUUUAAUUUCCCGUGGCGUAUCGCCAUCAGAAUUGGAAAGACGACAGCUUCGGUGGCACGGACCGUCCAGAUUUCACUGCGCUGAAGUGUCGAUCGAUCAACCAGCUCCACUCUCGGAAGAGGAGCUACCAGAACUCAGAAUAACAGCACUCAGUGGUCGAAGGCACAUCGCCAAGGGACUGCCUACAGCAACAGAAAUGCAACGAGCAUCCAUUUUGAUCACACGGAUGGUACAAGGUGAAAUGUUUCACAAAGAGCUACAAAUGCUGAGAAGCGACAAGGAAUGCAAGUUACCCUUUCAGAACCUGAGCCCGUUCAUCGACGCGAAUGAUGAAGUGCUGCGCGUAGGUGGUCGCCUACGAAAUGCUGCUAUUCCAUAUGAACAUCGUCAUCAAGCCAUUCUGCCUGAAAAACAUCCACUCACAACAACAUUGAUCAGGCAUUUACAUCGUGUCAACAUGCAUCUUGGUCAAAGAGGUCUGCUGGGCGUCCUUCGGCAACAGUAUUGGCCACUCAAGGCAAAGAAUGUGAUACGGAAGGAACUGCAUCGCUGUGUACCGUGUUUCCGGAUGAGACCCAAGAAGUCCACGCAAUUAAUGGAAGAUCUUCCUGACUACCGCGUCAAGCCGUCUCCAGUGUUCGCGCAUACAGGUCUGGACUUUGCGGGCCCUUUCAAUCUUAGAUCAAGUGCUGCUACAAGACAUCCGACAACCACCAAGGGAUACGUUUGUUUAUUUGUCUGCAUGGCCACCCGUGCGUUACACCUGGAGGCUGUGUCCGAUCUAAGCUCCGACGCGUUUAUGAGUGCGCUACAACGAUUCGUUAGUCGCCGAGGUCUCGUGCAGAAGUUGUACUCGGACAACGCGACUAAUUUUGAAGGCGCCAAUAACCAAAUGUGUCGCCUAGCCGAACUGUUCCACAACGAGGAGCACAUCCGUGCUGUGAACGAGUAUUGCGCGCCGAGAGGUAUUGAAUGGUCAUUCAUUCCUCCACGAAGUCCGCAUUUUGGAGGGAUAUGGGAGGCGGGAGUUAAAUCGGUUAAAUCGCAUCUGAAAUUGAUUCUCGCUGAACAUCGACUGACGUUUGAAGCACUUUCUACUGUACUCGCACAGAUCGAAGCAAUUCUAAACUCCCGCCCUCUCACACCUGUCUCAGAUGAUCCAAAUGAUAUGACUGCCAUAACUCCAGCUCAUUUCAUCAUUGGAAGAGAGUUCCAGGCCAUUUCGGAACCCACAUACACUGGCAUUCCCCAGGGCAGGUUAUCGCGUUUACAAUUUAUUCAGGACAUGAAGCAAAGGUUUUGGAGAGUGUGGAUGAACGAUUAUCUCCACGAACUUCAAAGGCGUCAACGAGAUCUGAAGGUCACUGAAUUUAAGAUUGGAGCAAUGGUGGUCAUCAUCGACGAAAAUGCACCGCCGUUGAAGUGGGCGCUGGCCCGCAUAAUCGAACUCCAUCCGGGCAAGGAUGGGCACACUCGAGUGGUAAGUUUGCGAACCAAGAAUGGCAUAACUAGGCGUGCCGUCAAGAAAAUUUGCUUGCUGCCAAUAGACAACGAGAGCGACGACCAGACUGGGCAAUUGGAAUCUUGA